AUGGGCAAUCUCAAUCUUGCUGUGGUCAUCAGAAACCCUAUAGACGACGCCGAGUUCCUACUCCAGAAGCUAUUACCGCCGGCGAAAUUUGGGGAUAAGGCGUACGAUACCUUCAUCGAUUCCGAUCUCUGGGACUUGCCAUCAACAGAUUUUCUGCUUCUAGAAGGCCGAAUCAGCUCCGGGAUUGCUGUCUCCAUAGUUGAAUCAUGCUCGGACCAGGUCGAUUUGAAGAAUUUCGACAUAGAAUCUACUCUGAAUCGGCUGUUGGCGAAUUUAGGGUUUGAUUUUAGCCAUGUAGGAGAGUGGAGUUUCGUCAGGUAUGUAGAGGAGCCUGAAUUUGGACCUGAUUCCUGCGUCUCUACUUGCUUUAUCGCCGGAAAGCUCUUGGAUAAAGAUCCAACUUCUCAAGACAACCAUAAGUGGAUGUCCAUGGAAGCAUGCUUUGACUGUCUUAUAGAUGUAAAACCGGGAAGUGAUCGUAUUGGACCACUAGUACUACUCGGACUUGGGGAUGGUACCCUUCAGGCCACGCAGCAAAAGUUUUCAACUUCUCUGCCUAUCCAGGAAUAUCCACCUGGUGUUAUGAUUGUGCCAAUGCGUAGUAGAACACUGAAACCUUUCAAGACAACAAACUUGGUAGUAUUUGCUCCAGAAAAUGGUUCAGCGGACCAUCAAGGGACCGAUUUUGUAGCUUAUGGGGAUGCGUUGAUAGUGGAUCCUGGGUGCCUCAAGAAACUCCACGUUGAGCUCAAGAAAAUCGUUGAUGCUUUACCUAGAAAGCUAAUUGUCUUUGUUACACAUCACCAUCCUGAUCACAUAGAUGGGCUUUCUGCUAUACAAGAAAGUAAUCCUGAUGCUAUUUUAGUGGCACAUGUCAAAACUAGGCAUCGGAUUGAUGGUUGGUCUGGUGACUAUACCCCAGUUUCUGGAGGAGAAAACAUCUAUGUCAAUGGUCAGAGAUUGACCGUCAUUUUUGCUCCGGGACACACAGAUGGCCAUAUGGCACUGCUUCAUAACUCCACUCAUUCUCUGAUUGUUGGUGAUCAUUGUGUUGGUAAAGGAAGUGCUUUCUUGGACAUCAGGUCAGGUGGGAACAUGACAGAGUACUUUCAAUCAACAUAUAAAAUCCUAGAGCUUUCUCCUCAUGUAGUGAUUCCCAUGCAUGGAAGGGUCAAUUUGUGGCCGAAACACAUGCUUUGCGGAUAUCUCAAAAACCGCAGAAGCAGAGAAGAAUCCAUCCGAAAGGCCACCGAGGACGGAGCUCGGACGUUAUUUGACAUAGUUGCAAAUGUGUACUCAAGUGUGGAUCGCAGUUUCUGGUUGGCUGCAGCAUCAAACGUAAGGCUGCAUAUCGACAAUCUGGCUGUAGAAGAUAAAUUACCAGAUGGAUUCUCGAUCCAGAAGUUCAAAGCAAGUUGCGGAUUGCGUUUUGUGAUACGGUGGACAGCGAGUUAUAUCAGCAGCCAGAUUCCAUUAAAGAUCAAUGAGCCAGGUUUUAUAAUGUCGCUAAUAGCUGCAGGAGCUGGAUAUUUUAUCCUGUAUGUAUUGAAAAGGAAGAACAAGAUUGAAUCUUGA